GCAGCUAUCAGAAGAGAAAAGAAAAGGGCUGCUCUUCACGCAUCACAACUGUCGGCAUUGACGGUAGCAUACAAUUGUUUUAACGAACAGAAUAGCAAAAAAAAAAGAAGCUGAUCACGAUGUCAGCAGCGCUGCCCCCGUCGUUCACGCGCGUUGCGAGACAGACACUUCAGCACGACCUGGCCACCAUCACAAAGUGGGAUCCCGCUACUAACAAGCUGCAGUGUGCGAUCCGCGACGCAGGGUAUUUGGUCAUCGACCUGCCCCGGUUUUUCAUGUACUCGCACAGCAACUACGGUGCGAUGCAGCGCUACAUCCGCCAGUCGCGCAUCAACAAAGGCAAGAUCAACCCCGAAGAUUUUAAAGACGUGGAUACGAACGUGCUGCGAGAAAGCCUGAUCAAGUACGCGCAAACGAAAGGCCCUCUGCAGAAGAUCGACUUUCGCUGGUUCUACUGGAUGUACGCCAUCAUGAUUGUUUAUGUCGGGUGGCAAGGGAUGCACCUGCAGUCGCUCCUGGAUGCACGCGUCGACCGCAUGGGCGCCUCACUGGAUCAGCGACGCGACAUGUACGAUGACGACUACCUAGAGGAGGUGCGUCCUCGUUGA